AUGGGGCCCCCGGGCAAUAGGGGAUCAUGUGGCUCCUGUGUCCUUGCCCAAACUCAAAAAACCUAUGAAAAAGGUACCAGGGGCAUCUCAUGGGGCCCCCUACUGACCCCAGGCCCUCGGGCAGUGACCGAGUUUCCAAAUGGUCAGUCCGCCCCUGGAGAAAAUGUAUUCUGUUAUAUUUAUUUGGUGAAAAUAACCCAAAUCAGUGUUUAUUAUUUAGUCUGUAGGAAGGUUAUAGAGUCCACAACAACUAUGGCAUACUGCAUAUCUGAAAAUUGAUCAAUCCUGAUGUACUGAUGGACAAUCUAA